GGGGACACCAAACAGGCUUCGAGAAGGGAGAGAUAGAGAGAGGGCUGGGUGGGGGAUCAGCUGGGGAUCCACACGGGGAAGAUCAGCACUGGGCCCAGAGUCAGGAGACAGGUCUCCCCGGGACCCCAGCUUCCCAUCCCCUCCUCAUCCCUUCUCCUCGGGAGUUCCCCCCCUUUUCGGGAUGGAGCGGGCCUCAGGGGAGAGAAGGAGGGAACGACGGGCUCAGCCUGCACCCUGGGAACUUCGACUGGGCCUGCUGCUGAGUGUGCUGGCCACCACCGCCCUGGCUCAGGCCCAGAGCCCUGAUAUGCCAGGCUGUUCUCGGGGAAGCUGCUAUCCAGCUACUGGGGACCUGCUAGUUGGCCGUGCUGACAGACUGACCGCCUCGUCCACCUGUGGCUUGCGAGGCCCGGAGCCCUACUGCAUUGUCAGUCACCUGCAGGACGAGAAGAAAUGUUUCCUGUGUGACUCCCGGUACCCCUUCUCCCCUCGAGAGAACACAGAGAGCCAUCGCAUCCAAAACGUGGUCACCAGCUUUGCACCACAGCGGAGGAAGGCCUGGUGGCAAUCAGAGAAUGGUGUCCCUGCGGUCACCAUCCAGCUGGACUUGGAGGCUGAGUUCCAUUUCACACACCUUAUUAUGACCUUCAAGACCUUUAGGCCAGCUGCCUUGCUGGUAGAGCGUUCGGCAGACUUUGGCCGCACCUGGCAUGCCUACCGUUAUUUCUCCUAUGACUGUGGAUCUGACUUCCCAGGGGUCCCACUGGCCCCGCCAAGGCACUGGGAUGACGUAGUCUGUGAGUCUCGUUACUCAGAGAUCGAGCCAUCCACUGAAGGCGAGGUCAUCUACCGGGUACUGGACCCUGCCAUCCCUAUUUCAGACCCCUAUAGCCCGCAGAUCCAAAAUCUGCUGAAGAUCACCAAUCUUCGAGUGAACCUGACACGGCUGCACACGCUGGGGGACAACUUGCUGGACCCCCGCAGGGAGAUUCGAGAGAAGUAUUACUAUGCCCUCUAUGAGCUAGUGGUUCGGGGUAACUGCUUCUGCUACGGACAUGCCUCCCAAUGCGCACCGGCCCCUGGGGCACCAGCUCAUGCUGAAGGCAUGGUUCAUGGUGCUUGUGUCUGCAAACAUAACACUCGAGGCCUCAACUGUGAGCAGUGCCAGGAUUUCUAUCAUGACCUGCCCUGGCGUCCAGCUGAGGAUGGCCACAGCCAUGCUUGCAAGAAGUGCAAGUGCCAUGGGCACUCCCACAGCUGUCACUUUGACAUGGCCAUAUACCUUGCAUCUGGGAAUGUGAGUGGAGGUGUGUGUGAUGCGUGUCAGCACAAUACAGCUGGACGCCACUGUGAGCUCUGCCGGCCCUUCUUCUACCGUGACCCAAACAAGGAUCUACGUGACCCUGCCAUCUGCCGCUCCUGUGAUUGUGAUCCUGUGGGUUCCCAAGAUGGUGGUCGCUGCGAUUCCCAUGAUGAUCCUAGACUGGGGAUGGUCGCAGGCCAGUGUCGCUGCAAGGAGAACGUGGUGGGUUCUCGUUGCCAGCAAUGUCGUGAUGGCUUCUUUGGGCUCAGUGCCAAUGACCCGAGAGGUUGCCAGCAGUGUCAAUGUGACCCAAGGGGCACAGUGCCUGGGCAUACCCCCUGUGACCCCAACAGUGGAACCUGUUUCUGCAAACGACUAGUGACUGGACGUGGCUGCAAUCUCUGCCUGCCCGGCCACUGGGGCCUGAGCCAUGACCAGAUGGGCUGUCGUCCAUGUGACUGUGAUGUGGGUGGCGCCUUGGAUCCCCAGUGCAAUGAGGCUACAGGUCAGUGUCGCUGCCGCCCACACAUGGUGGGGCGACGCUGUGAGCAGGUGCAACCGGGUUACUUCAGGCCCUUCCUGGACCACCUGAUUUGGGAAGCUGAGGACACCCGAGGGCAGGUGGCCGAUGUAGUGGAGCGCUUAGUGACCCCUGGGGUGACUCCAUCCUGGACGGGCCAGGGCUUGGUGAGACUUCGAGAAGGACAGACACUGGAGUUCCAGGUGAUGUCUGUGCCAAAAGCCAUAGAGUAUGAUCUGAUGCUGCGCCUGGAGCCCCAGGUCCCUGAGCAGUGGGCAGAGAUAAAAGUGACCGUGCAGCACCCAGGGCCAGUAUCUGCCCAGAGCCCAUGUGGGCAUGUGCUCCCCAACGAUGACCACAUCUCAGGGACCCUGCAGGCAGACACCAGGUACACAGUGCUUUCCAGGCCUGUCUGCCUUGAGCCUGGCAUCUCCUACAAAAUACUUUUGAAGCUCUUGAGGACAGGAGGAAGUACCCAGUCUGAAGCCCCUUACUCUGGACCCAGCUUGCUAAUAGACUCGUUGGUGCUGCUUCCCCGGGUCCUGGUGCUAGAAAUGUUCAGUGCGGGUGAUGCUGCUGCCCUUGAGCGUCGCACUACCUAUGACCGCUAUCGCUGCCAUGAGGAGGGUUUGACGCUCCGCAAGAUCCCCCCCUCUGAGGCCUGUGCCCCACUCCUCAUCAGCCUUUCUGCUCUGCUCUACAAUGGUGCUCUACCCUGCCAGUGUGACCCCCAAGGAUCACUGAGCUCCGAGUGCAACCCCCAUGGCGGUCAGUGCCUGUGCAAGCCUGGAGUAGUUGGACGACGCUGCGACCUCUGUGCCCCUGGCUACUAUGGUUUUGGGCCUGCAGGCUGUCAAGCCUGCCAGUGCAGCCCUGAGGGGGCUCUCAGUGGCCUGUGCGAAGGGACCAGUGGACAAUGCCCCUGCCGAACCGGCGCCUUUGGGCUUCGCUGUGACCGCUGCCAGCAUGGCCAGUGGGGCUUCCCCAGCUGCCGGCCCUGUGUGUGUAAUGGUCACGCUGAUGAGUGUGACCCUCACACGGGCGCCUGCCUGGGCUGUCGGGAUCACACAGGGGGUGAGCGCUGUGAAAGGUGCAUUGCCGGUUUCCAUGGGGACCCGAGACUGCCAUAUGGGGGUCAGUGCCGCCCUUGUCCCUGUCCUGAAGGCCCUGGGAGCCAGCGGCACUUUGCUACUUCUUGCCACCGUGAUGGACACUCCCAGCAGAUGGUGUGCCACUGCAAGGCAGGCUACACAGGGCAACGGUGCGAGGUCUGUGCUCCUGGAUACUUCGGGGACCCAUCGAGGCCAGGCGGCCGAUGCCAACCAUGUGAGUGCAGUGGCAACAUCGACCCCACGGACCCUGGAGCCUGUGACUCUCACACGGGGCAGUGCCUGCACUGCUUACACAAUACAGAGGGGCCGCACUGUGCCUACUGCAAGCCUGGCUUCCAUGGGCAGGCGGCCCAAAAGAACUGUCACCGAUGUGCCUGCAACCAGUUGGGCACAGACCCCCAGCAUUGUUCAUCUACUGAGAGGUGCUACUGCGACCGGAGCAGUGGGCAGUGCCCAUGCCUUCCCAAUGUCCAGGGCCUUAGCUGUGACCGCUGUGCUCCCAAUUUCUGGAAUCUCACCAGUGGCCAUGGCUGCCAGCCCUGUGCCUGCCACCCAAGCCGAGCCAGAGGUCCUACCUGCAAUGAGUUUACUGGGCAGUGCCACUGCCAUGCUGGCUUUGGAGGAAGAACCUGUUCGGAGUGCCAGGAGCUCCACUGGGGAGACCCUGGUCUGCAGUGUCGUGCUUGCGAUUGUGACCUCCGUGGAAUAGACAAACCUCAGUGUCACCGCGUCACAGGCCACUGCAGCUGCCGCCCGGGCGUAUCCGGUGUGCGCUGUGAUCAGUGUGCCCGUGGCUUCUCGGGAGUGUUUCCUGCCUGCUACCCCUGCCAUACAUGUUUUGGGGACUGGGAUCGCAUAGUGCAGGACUUAGCUGCCCGGACACGGCACCUGGAGCAAAAGGCGAAAGAGCUACAGCAGACUGGUGUGCUGGGUGCGUUUGAGAGUCACUUCUGGAAACUGCAGGAGAAGCUGGGCACCGUACAAGGGAUUGUGAGUGCCCGAAACACCUCAGUGGCCGCCACUUCACAGCUCGUGAAGGCAACAGAGGACCUUCGGCGUGAAAUUGGGGAGGCCACAGAGCAGCUGACCCAGUUGGAAGCAGCACUGACAGACGUACAGGAUGAGAACUUCAAUGCCAACCAUAUACUCAGCAGUUUAGAACGAGACGGGCUCGCACUUAAUCUCACUCUGCGUCAGCUUGAUCAGCACCUGGACCUGCUUAAGCAUUCAAAUGUCCUGGGUGCCUUUGACAGCAUCCGCCAGGCCCACAGACUGUCUGCAGAGGCUGAACAUCGGGCCAAUGCAUCAGCCCUCGCUGUGCCCAGCCCUGUGAGCCAUUCGGCAAGCACCCGACGCCGGACAGAGGCACUGAUGAAUGCCCAGAGGGAGACCUUCAACAGAAAGAACAUGGCCAACCAACAAGCACUGGAGGAGCUCUCUGCCCGUGCCCAAACCCUGAGCCUGUCAGGCAUAAACGAACUUGUUUGUGGGUCCCCUGGAGAUGCUCCUUGUGCUACAAGCCCUUGUGGGGGUGCUGGUUGUCGUGAUGAGGAUGGGCAGCCUCACUGUGGGGGGCAUGGCUGCACGGGAGCUGCAGCUAUGGCAGACCUAGCCUUGGGUCGAGCCCGGCACACCCAGGCAGAGCUGGAGCGGGCAUUGGCCGGAGGUGGCGGCAUCCUCAAUCAGGUGGCUGAGACCCGGCGGCUGGCAGGAGAGGCACAGCAGCGGGCCCAAGAAGCUUUGGACAAGGCUAAUGCUUCCAGGGGACAGGUGGAACAGGCCAACCAGGAAUUACGGGAGCUUAUCCAGAAUGUGAAGGACUUCCUCAGCCAGGAGGGGGCUGAUCCUGAUAGUAUUGAGAUGGUAGCCACCCGAGUGCUAGAACUGUCCAUCCCAGCAUCGCCUGAGCAGAUCCAGCGUCUGGCAAGCGAGAUUGCAGAGCGGGUUCAGAACCUGGCGGAUGUGGAUGCGAUCCUGGCGCGUACUAUGGGCGAUGUGCAUCGGGCCGAGAAGUUACUCCAAGAUGCAAAGCGGGCACGGAGCCGGGCUGAAGGUGAAAAACAGAAGGCAGAGGCAGUACAAGCAGCCCUGGAGGAGGCCCAAAGGGCACAGGGUAUUGCUCAAGGAGCCAUCCAGGGGGCAAUAGUUGACACACAGAACACAGAGCAGACUCUGAAGCAGGUAGAGCAAAAGAUGGCAGGUUUAGAGCAGUCACUGAGCUCUGCGGGUGAGCGGGCCCAACAACUGGAACGUCUCCUGGAGGCCCUGAAGUUGAAACGGGCAGGGAAUAGCCUGGCAGCUUCUAGUGCUGAAGAAACAGCAAACAGUGCCCAGGGACGUGCCCGAGAGGCCCAACAGCUGUUGCAGGGCCCACUUAGUGACCAGUACCAGACAGUGAAGGCCCUCGCAGAACGCAAGGUCCAGGGUGUGCUGGAUGCCCAAAAGCGGGCAGAACAACUGCGAAACGAAGCUCGGAGCCUGUUGCAGACUGCCCAGGACAAACUGCAGCGGUUGCAAGAGCUGGAGGGCACCUACGAGGAGAAUGAGCGGGCCCUGGAGGGCAAAGCGGCCCAGUUGGAUGGGCUGGAGGCCAGGAUGCGCAGCGUACUCCACGACAUCAAUUUUCAGGUCCAGAUCUACAACACCUGCCAGUGACCCUGGGCUGGGAAGGAAGGAGUGUUUUGCCCUUCAAUUCCCAUCCCAGCCCGCAUGCAUUAGUGCCUAGUUAAUAGGUGGGACUGGUCUCUGCCUGGCCAGGGCCGCCAAAUAUAAUAAAGCUGGGUGGAUCCCUC